CCCGCGCUAGCCCCGCCUCCCGCGGGUUCCCAGCCAACUUGGACUUGAAUGAGGUGCGCGCAGACGGCUGGAAAGUAGUACAAACCGUCUGGGAAUAACACCGGGAAUACUGGAGGACAGAGGCCAGACAGCGGGACGGGGGUGGGGGGACGGCGGCUAGAGGAAAGCCGCCUCGCAACUGCCUGGAAGAAAGAAGCCUCGCCGAAGGAAGAGGAAAAGCCUGCGUCAAUGUUUUUAUUCGACAGCGCGCCGUGAAGCGAGCGCCGUCCGUCCGUUUUCCGCGUCGAUCCGUGAGAUUUCUUCAAUGUUCAGCUUCAUGGGUCUGAUGAACGGAACCACCGACACCCACACCAAUGUCUCCUGUACAUGUAACUGCAAGAGAUCCACUUCAUUCCAGAGUAUGGCGAUCACCCAGCUGGAGUUUGUUCAGAUUCUGGUGAUCGUGGUGGUGAUGAUGAUGAUGGUGGUGGUGAUCACGUGUCUGCUGAAUCACUACAGACUGUCUGCGCGAUCUCUCAUCUCCCGGCAUGGACGAGCACGCAGACGACACCUGCCUCUGCCAUCGGAGGGCAGUCUGUGGUCCUCUGACGGUCCCGGCUCUUCUAGUGCCAUGAGCGAGCAGGUUUACGCUCCUCGACCGCCGGACCGGGUGCCGUCGUACCUUCAGCGUGAGCGUCUGUCCCGCUUCCAGCCCACGUACCCGUACCUGCCGCACGCCAUCAUCGACCUCCCGCCCACCAUCUCGCUGUCGGACGGAGAGGAGCCUCCGCCGUACCAGGGCCCGUGUUCCCUUCAGCUGCGAGACCCCGAGCAGCAGCUGGAGCUCAACCGCGAGUCGGUCCGCGCGCCGCCCAACCGCACCGUCUUCGACAGUCCGCUCAUCGACGCCUCUCUGCACCCGCCGAGCGUCAACGCGCGCAUCAGCGCCGGGCGGCUAGAGGGCGCUCCGCCCGCGUACAGCGAGGUCAUCGGCCACUAUUACCACCCCACGACGCUGCCGCGCCACGCACAGACUCAGUCCGCGCCGCCGGCGCUGGUGCAGGGCGUCAUCCACAUCAGCCGCACGGACAGCAGAAACGCACGCAACAAAGACAAAGCGAAAGCACAGCACGUCUAGAAUCAGCGAGAGCGCUUGCACUACAGACUCACAAGACUCGGACCUGAGAGGCGGCGCUUCAGACUUUCUAUAAAUAUUUACGUGUUUUUUGUCCUCGAUGCUCUUAGUCUCUCUGCACUCAAACUCUGACAACAAACAAAACAAAACAUUUUCUUGCAGCCCACCUCCCUGAGCGAUGGAGAACAGCCGGUCUUCCUUUUAGAAACAUUAAUUGGAGUCUUGUGAUUCUUCAUCACGGUUGUCGGUUCUUUCGUAAAAUGUGCGUGACUUCCUCAUUUCGAGUUCUGCACAAUAUUCGACGCAUCAGACUGUUCUGGAGCAGAUACGGAAGUGUUUGUUCAGUUGUUUUUGUUUGCGGUCAGAGAGAGCGGUCGAAGUGCCGACUCUGAGCGCGCCGCUCGGCGCUGACGUACGUGUGUGUGUGUAUAUAGGCUACUAUAUAAAUAUAUAUACAUGUAUAUGAAAAUCUGAAAAAACGAACUUAAAAGCACGAUUUUAGAGUUAUUUAUAUAAAUGUCUAAAAUUGCACUAUUUUUAAUAUAACGAUAUGACAGGCCUCGGCUUGCGAUCGGUCCACAGAUGGUGUGAGUGUCCCGCACGCCGGUUAAUGAUGAGUGUGAGCGAGUUAACUCGGGUUAACUCGGACGGAAGCGUCGAACGCCUUUGCUUCACAGCCCGACCGAACAAAUCUGAAUCGGCCGGAGGAACGUCGCUGAGAGUUCUAGAGAUCAACGGUAGUCGCUUUUCAAUUAGAUGACUAGUUUACUAGCGUAGGUUAAUUUCAGAGUUUCGGUUUCUCAAAUAUAUUUGCCUUAAUUUUAUUCUAGAUUCUAGAAACCUGAAUUCACAAUCAUUGAUGUUUAGAACCUAAAGGAUUUCUUCUGCUCGGCUGUGGCGCAGCGGCUCGGGUUCACACGCGGCGUCUCUUAUAGCACUUUACCGACUCGUGGGAGGAAAACAAUCGACGAGCUGUAGCCGCCGCAUUCGCUUGGAGUAAAUGAGCACUAAAGCAAAUGAAUAUGCAACUGCUCCCCGAUCGGACGACGCGCGCAGAGCCGAAAUCGCAUCGCGGGAUCCGUAACGAUCACCAGGAGAGACAGCCGCUCUGAUUCUGAGUCACUGAAUCAAAGAAUCUUUAAUUGAACACAAUCUCAUUCACUCGCUGCCAAAUAGUGACUCACGGGAACCGAGCGUGGACGAGCCGAGCGGCUCCUGGUGAAUCCCACGAUUCGGUCUGCGCUCGUCCGUCCGCCCGGGGAAUAUAUCGGGUCCGAUUUUGCCACGUUCGCUUUUACUCCGGAGGAUAGCUGGCAACAGGAAGUCGACAGCUGGAGAGAGAAACUCAACUCGUUCUGUAAAACUAAACUUACAUUACCAGUGUAGUCUAAAGUGUCCUUCAAUUAUUGUUUUAGUCUUAGACAUUUUGGCAUUUUUAUAAUAUAUAUAUAUAUAUAUAUAUGCCAUAUUAUAACUGCAUAAUCAGCUGAAUGCAGACUUUAAUCCAGCUUUUUGAGUUCCAGACUAGUUAGUUGGUAACUAACUACCUAUGGGUCAUUCUGUUUAUUAUAUAUGUUUAGUCAUAGAUGUUUAGAAUCAUCAGUUUGCCAUUUUUACAAUGUGUAUUCCAUAUUACGACUGAAGUAAUUGGCCAAAUGCAGACUUUCAAAUUCCGAACUGCUAAGUUUGGAGUGACUAACUACUUGUGGGUUGUUACUUUUAUUAUAUUUUAGUCAUAGUUUAUUCAGAAUAAUUUUUUAGGCAUUAUGAUGUAUUUCAAAUUAUAAUUAAUUGUCUGAAUUCCAGUCUAGUUAGUUGGUAACUAACUACCCGUGGGUCGUUCUCUCUCCAGCCGCGGCGUGACGUCUUCCCUUUACAGAGACGGCCGUUUGUUCCCUGCGAGAUGCCAGUGUGUCACAUGCCCCCGUCAGCCAAUCAGGUGGCCGUUGACAGGAAGUGACAUUGUAUGCAUGAUGAUGAUGAUGAUGAUGAGGUAGUUUAGUGGAGAGAGUUGCAAUAUACCGACUAUUUGCCUUUUGAUAAUGUAGUUUGUUGUUUAGCUCAGAGUAAAGAUGUACUAGCUGUUUUUAUGUUAUUGUUGCUUCUCAUUUAAGGUCAUUUUUGUUUUUCUCACACAUUAAACGGACGGCAGAUUUGUGCCGUUCACUGGCUUUAGUCACUCCGUCAUCAGAGCUGGUUAAUGUGAGUGCAGACCGAAGAAACGUGACGUGUGCCUUCCAGUCGCCAGUACGGACUUGUGUGUGUUUCGUCCUGUUCGAAACGCCCCUGUAAUUCAAAUGUGGAAUACAAAACAUCUGCAUCAGAAUGCAUUUGAUCUAGUGACAUUAAGCACAAGAUGAAACCAAAUGACGGCUCUGCUUCACGGGUGUGUGCUCAUCAUCUUCACGUCGGUUCCACGGUCUGGAUGAACGAGUUUCUUAAUCAAAUCACUGAAGGCUUUCCAUGUGAAAAGAGGCAUUUCCAAAGAAGGACUUUCUCUCCAGCCCUGUGUCAUGGGUGAUUGAAGCUCUUAUGUUUUCUCAUUGCUUUGGGUUUGAAGCUGCCAUUGAUGGUUCUCUGCGGUUGCAAUAUGAACAUCUUCACAUGGAGAAUGAGCGGUUCUGUAGGGAAUCCUCACGUGUGUGGCUCAAUCACGUCUUUACGCCUGUUAUCGUCGAUAAUGACCGUUUACGUGUCACUCUUUUAUUAUUUAUAUCGGAUCCUGAAAGUGUUACUAGUGUUUCUCUUUGGGACAGUGUCUAUUACACACCAUCAUAUACAAUCUCAUGCAUUUCAAUUAGCUGCCAAUUAAACAAAUAAAACAUUUUAUAAAAUAA